AUGCAGGGACAAGGGUUGGGAGGCUGCUGGGAAAAAAUGGCAGCUUCCUUUUGUUUGUGGGUUUUUGCUGCGCUGUAGGGAGAGUUUAGAAGCAGUGUCCGGUUGAACGCGGACUUCCUUCGCAUACUUUGGGUUUACACUGUCAGUUAUCCCAUCAUCCCAAUAGGAAAAACAUGGAGAAAAGUGGGAGCAUCGACAGUUUGGGCUCAAAGCCCUCCUCCAGACAACCAAGUGUUGAUUCAUUGUCCAGCACUUCCACCUCUCGCUCUGACCGCUCUGCCCAGGCCAAACACCUGUCUGCUUUGUCCUCCGAGUCCGUGUCAACCUCUGCUGAGUUUUCUCCAGAGCUCAGGGUCAAGCCCAAAGUCACUGCCAAGAAGGUGCUUAGAGAUUCAGACAAAGAAGAAGCACAGUUACUUCCAAAUGAAACCGUACAGGAUAUGGGUCAGGAUGUCACAUACUUCUGUCCUUUCACUGGAGCUCUGAGGGGAACGGUGAUGGUUACCAAUUACAGGCUCUUCUUCAAAUCCAUGGACAGGGAGCCGGCUUUUGUGCUGGGUUUGCCUCUUGGGGUGGUGAGUCGUGUGGAAAAGAUUGGAAAUUCUUCGACCCGCGGAGAUGUGUCGUAUGGAGUCGUUUGUAAGGACAUGCGUAAUCUACGAUUUGCACACAAACAAAUGGAGGACACACUCAGGAAGUCCAUCUUUGAAGUCCUGAUGAAAUUUGCGUUUCCUUUUUCCAACGGCCUGCAAAUCUUUGCCUUUGAAUAUGGACAAGUCUUCCCUGAAAAUGGAUGGAAGGUGUAUGAUCCUGUCUCAGAGUACAGAAGACUGGGGAUACCUAAUGAAAGCUGGAGAAUAACAAAAGUCAACGAUCACUAUGAGCUCUGUGACACCUACCCGUCCACCCUGGCUGUUCCUGUCAACAUACCAGACGAAGAGCUGAAGAGGGUGGCAGCUUUCAGAGCCAAGGGGAGGAUUCCCGUGUUGUCUUGGAUCCACCCAGAAAGUCAGGCCACAAUAACGCGCUGCAGCCAGCCGAUGGUCGGGGUGAACGGGAAACGCAGCAAAGAGGAUGAGAAAUAUCUCCAGGCGAUCAUGGACGCUAAUGCUCAGUCCCAUAAACUUUUCAUUUUUGAUGCCAGACCCAGCGUCAACGCUGCUGCCAAUAAGAUGAAAGGAGGUGGGUUCGAAAGUGAGGAUGCGUAUCAAAAUGCCGAGCUUGUGUUCUUGGAAAUUCACAACAUCCAUGUGAUGAGGGAGUCGCUCCGCAAGCUGAAGGACAUUGUUUACCCGAACAUCGAGGACUCGCACUGGCUUUCCAAUCUGGAGUCCACCCACUGGCUCGAGCACAUCAAGCUGAUCCUAGCAGGAGCGCUGAGGAUUGCAGACAAAGUGGAGUCCGGGAAAACGUCCGUGGUGGUGCACUGCAGCGAUGGCUGGGACCGCACGGCUCAGCUCACCUCCCUGUCCAUGAUCAUGCUGGACGGUUACUAUCGCACCAUCCGUGGUUUCGAAGUGCUGCUGGAGAAGGAGUGGCUGAGCUUUGGUCAUCGCUUCCAGCUGCGCAUCGGUCACGGCGAUAAAAACCACGCCGAUGUAGACCGCUCACCCGUUUUUAUUCAGUUCGUUGACUGCGUCUGGCAGCUGACUCAUCAGUUUCCAGCAGCUUUUGAGUUUAAUGAAUACUUCCUGGUCACCGUCCUGGAUCACCUGUACAGCUGCCUGUUUGGGACAUUUCUGUGGAACAGUGAACAGCAACGACUGAAGGAAGAGAUCCCUAAGAGGACGGUCUCUCUGUGGUCCUACGUCAACAGCCAGCUGGAGGAGUUCACCAAUCCCUUGUACGUGAACUACUCCAACCACGUGCUGUUCCCUGUGGUGGGUUUACGCCACCUAGAGCUUUGGGUCGGCUAUUACAUCCGCUGGAACCCUCGCAUGAGGCCUCAGGAACCUGUUCACCAGCGCCACAAGGAGCUGUUAGCAAAGCGUGCAGAGCUUCAGAAAAGAGUGGACGAGCUGCAGCGGGAGGUGACAAAUCGCUCUGUUUCUUCCUCCUCUGAGAGGGCGGGCUCACCCACCCGCUCCAUCACGCCAGUGCAGACCUUCGUUUGACACAACUUGAUGUUUGUGACCAGCUCAGAAGCAAAGUCCUUCCUGUGAGAGGCCACAGGAGGCAUGAAGGAAGCGUGAGCCAAACACGUAAUUGAUACACUACCAACAAAUAAAGCUGUGUAGAAAGGAUGUGUGACCAAAAAAGGGCUAUGCACCCUGUCGACUUACCUGCGAUCAGGGUUUUUAUUUAGAUAUAGUAAAAAAUAAAUACUCGGGUUAAAUAUUUAUGCCUUACGUGCUUCAUAGGAAUACUCAUUUAAAAGCACUACAGCUGAUAACUUAUGAAUAUUCUGCAAAUGCUUACAUUAAAGCUUAAACCGUCAUUAAAGUAAAUUAAAGAGGUGAUUAUAUGUUCCUCUAAAAUAUACAAAAUCAUUGCAAUGUGCAUUGAAACCCUAAUAAACGGUUGUGACCAAAUAAAUACGUGACUUUUUUACAUUCCCCUAACUGAGCAACUCAAGUUUUCUAGGUUUACAAUUUCUAAGAAUCAAAUAUUAUUUAUUAUCUUGCAGUCCUGACUUGUACUUCUAACUCGUUCCCUCUCACAUUAAAGGUCUUUCCAGUUUUUCUCUAAUAAGCUGCAAAAGGAUAUGCAAUCAUUCAUUUCUGCCAAGUUAUUCACUGAGUGUGUUAGUGUCGGCCUUUAAAUGUGGCCACUUUUUACAACAUGCUUGUUUUAUAAUAACUUAAUGUGUAAUGACACUUUUGUUUUAGUUUAAUAAAUCCAAUAGUUAAAUGAACACUCAUGCCUUUUUGAAUAAUUGGGAGUCUAACCAGUUUGUGUGCAUGGUUAGUGAAUGAUGAAAACACAUUUUUCACUGUGUGUGUGAACAUUCAUAAUCUGAGUUAGCCUCAGAGCUGCGCGUGACCCUGAUGGAAACACAGCACACUUCUUAAAUGUAGUGUGGCUCUAAAAAUCACAUUUUAAUCUUGUUUUAUUUCUACAGAGUAGCUUUGUAGACGUCCUACGCCCAGUAGUACACUCACUGUCCUUUGAUUUUUCUCUCAAUGUGUUUCUUUUCUGCUUCUAUGAGUUCCGCUGCAUUUGCACUGAUAGCAUCGACAUACAGCUAAUAAAGUUUCAAACCUCCACACAGGUAAAAGUGAGGCUGUCUCUCUUUAAAGUGACUGCGUGUAUUUUCCCUGGCAAUGGGGGGGCAUUGCAAACAAGCGGUUUGUUUAUGUUCAAGUAAGACCUUACCAACGGAUGGCCAUUAGGGUCAAAAAUCCCUGGGAGCACAAUGUCCAGCAAAAAGAGAAGAGCAUCAGACUCCCUUUAAUCACUGACAACGAGGGAAGAGGUAAACAUGUAAAACAACAACUUUUAUUAAUGGGGACAGAUUUGUAACCAUUUGUUACAAAUCAAUAAAUGUGUUUUGUCCUCCUGGGCUCCCGUAGAAGGAAACAUUACGUCUAAUAUGGUGUCACCCAGAGACCAGGGCCCAAUACCAAUACUCGCUCUAAGGUCUUCAGCAAAGCGCACUUAGAGGAAGGGCAGUAAGGUUUUGAGUGUGUGGUACACAAGUGUGUUAAUAAGUGCUGAAUAGGGACACAUUCUGGGAUGCUGGUUUCUUUGAUGCUUUAAAAAAAUCUUUAACAACGUUCAAACAAACACGCAGACAAUAAUUUGAAAUAAAUUUACAUUCAUUGCUGCUUUUUCUAAAAGUUUCAGAGCAUCAACUAAUUGUCCUAAAAUGAACUGCUUUCAUUAGAAAACACAUAUUUUCAGAAAAGGCCUUUGAGCCUUUUCUGCCGCAGUAAGAGAUUGUGGGUAAUGCACUUCAUCCAAGGCUGCGUCGAUGCAGACUUGGGUGAAGUGCGGAUGAAGAGUGUAAAAGGGGGGUGAUCAGCUUCUGCACUUAAAAAUCUGGACACUCUACGCACUUGCACCCCUGGUCGGGAUCGAGGAAUUGAUGGGAGCAAGUGUGUAAGUGUGAGUAUUGGGAUUGGGCCUUCGACCCGCUCCCAUGUAUUUUAGACCUGGUUUUUGUGGUUAUAUGUUACAAAGGUGCCAAUAUUUCUCAACAAUUUUCACCAACAUUUCAAUGUUUUUUUCCAGAGACUAACUGUGAAGAAUACACACUGUCACUUUAAAGUUAGAAUUUGUAAAUGGAUUGCAGUAACAUCAACUGUCAAACUGCUUUAAACUAUUUAAUAAAACUAAUGAUAAUA